UCUUUUACGCACAUGCGUGAACUUAUUGACGUUUAAUAGUUAGGUUAGGCCGGUUAAACUUCACUGCCCAAGAAAUUUUAUUUUUAUGAAAAUGAGCGACAGUAGUGAUGAAGAACAAGAUGUUAACUACGUACUAUUUAAAGAUAGACCUGACUGGAAAGAUAUAAGGCCUAUAGAACAAGACGAUGAUGACGAAAUUGUAGCUAUACAUUAUACAGACAAAUUUAAAGACGUCCAUAACUACCUUAGAGCUCUUUUGAAAAAAGGCGAAAAGUCUGAGAGGGCUCUCGAACUUACUCGAGUUGCUGCUAGUGAAAACCCUGCAAAUUACACUGUUUGGCAAUUUAGGAGGGACAUAUUAAAAACACUUAACAAAGAUUUACAUGAGGAAUUGGAUUAUAUUGAAAAGUUUAUAUUAAAACAAUCAAAAAAUUAUCAAGUUUGGCACCAUAGAAAACUAUUAGUUGAUUGGUUAAAAGAUCCAUCAAAAGAGAAUUAUUUUACAACAUUAAUUUUAAAUAAGGAUGCUAAAAACUAUCAUGCCUGGCAACAUCGGCAAUGGUAUAUGAAAACAUUCCAAGUUUUUGAUGGUGAAUUAGAUUAUGUAGAUUCGUUGUUAAAUGAUGAUGUCCGCAACAACUCAGCCUGGAAUCAAAGAUACUUUGUUAUAAAUAAUACCACUGGAUUCACUGAGGAAGUGUUAAAAAGAGAAAUUGAUUACACUUUGUCCAAAAUAAAGGAGGUUGUGGAAAACGAAAGUGCUUGGAAUUACUUAAGAGGUUUAUUACUACAUGAUAAAGAAGGUCUUAGCAAAAAUAAGACUGUCACCAACUUCUGUGAGGAACUUUACAGCUCAAAUAGUCAAUCUCCAUUUGUGUUAUCUUUAAUAGUGGACAUGUGUUGUGAGCAAGUACAAGAGGGUAGUGGUGAUUCAAUUUACACAUUAGAACGAGCAUUGCAAUUGUGCAGUGAUCUCGAGUUAAAAUAUGAUAAAAUCAGAGCAAACUACUGGAAACACAUGGCAGACACAAUUAAAAGAAAAGCAAGUGGAGAGAAUGUAGAAGAAGAGCCUACUACUUCGUAGUUUUUAUUGUUAAUGUUUAUCUAAGCUUUAGAUUGUCAAGAAUUUUCAAUAUAAUUUUGUCUAUAACCACUGUUUUAAUUCAUAAAAUCU